AUGUUGAAAGAACGUGCAGGACGGUUUUCCUUCUUUUGGCGUAAGGCGAAAAAAGACAUGUUACUACGUAGUAGACAAGUAACAAACGUUGCUGUCAAAAGUAUUAAAGGUUUGACUUUCAUAUUUCAAUACAAUUUUAUUCUACAAUAUUUUUGGUGAUAAAAUAGUUUAAUCAUGUUUUUAUUAUAAUAAUGCCCAAAAUAAUUUUAUAAAAAUUCUGAAGUUAGCUACAUGUCAACUCCAACGCCAUGUUGAUUCCUACCGACAACUUCUGCAGAACGUCUUUCCGAAAUGUAUUUUUCAAUAUAGGAUUGCCCCUAUAUAUAGGACAGCCUGCCUAACGAAAUAAAAUUCUUUCUUACUGCUAAGUCGCUGAAAACUAAACUGACUGCUUAGCAAAUUAGAAAUAUUUCACCAACAUGCGAUUUUUCAUUAUUACUUCUCAGACCAUGUAAUUUCCAAAACAAAUUUGUUAGUUUCAUAGUGAUAUAAAUUAUUAUAAUAUAGCAUUUGUAAAUUCUGAACGCUGAUUGGCUAAGAGCCGUGUUGAUAUAACUUAAUGUCAACACGGGAAAUUUUCCGCCAGUUGUAACACGGAAAUUUUUCUUAUCCUUCGGGCUUUUGACAUUGCUAUAUUAUAAAAAAAUAUAUAAAACAUUUCUCCGUAUUGAUAUAUAGUUAUAUCAACACUCGUGGAAGUUGAGAAAACUCGAAAUUGUAUGAAAACACUCCGCCCUUCGGGCGUCGUGUUUCCAUACAAUUUCUCGUUUUCCCAAUUCCACUCGUGUUGAUAUAACUGUAUAUCAAAACGGAAAAUGUUUUAUGUUUGUUAAACAUAGCAUAUUAAUGAAGCAGGACCUAAGGUUACAGAACACAUUUGAGUGUUAAUUUUGCCUAAAAUUUUUUUAUUGGUUUCCAUGAAAGCAUUAGACUAGUUCUACUAUCUGACCAAGUUUGGACAAAAAAUGUUGAAAACUCGCAGAGUUAUUUAAUAAAAUACAUUUCGCUUGCAAUAAGAAAAACAUUGAAAAUGUAAUAUUCAAAUUCAAUUUUCUCCCGAAGAAUUUUACGGCGAUUACUGAUUUUUAAACGAGUUGUGCUUUAACGAAUUUUUCUCAAACUAUCACAGGACAUAGCUAAAGACGUCAGUUUCAAAAUUGUGUUCGGCUUUGUUCUAAUUUUGGAUAUUUUAAUAAUAAGGAGCAAUUCACAAAACGAUUCAGAAAUAUAUUGCAGUCGUCAAAGAAAUCGCCAUAUCAGCGGAAUGACGACAUAAACAAAAAUUUGCGAACAAUUUUUAGAACCUAUUUUACUGUAUAAAAAUGACAUUUUCAUAAAUAUAUCUUAAAACCAGCAGAAACAUAUUAACUCAAAAGCGUAAAGGAACCGCGACUUAAAAUUUUCCUGAAUAAUUCUUACAUUAUUUUAUUGUUUGUCAAUUUUACAAACUUAUCAUAUUUUGCAUUCACUGGCUAACAUUUGGUGAAAAUUUGAUGAAAAUCGGACUGAUUUUGAGCGUGCAGUAGCGAUUUUCCGCAAAACGCCAAAAAGGGUGUCCUGUAACCUUAAUUCAGGACUUCAUUUGUCUUGUUGUCCGAGUCUAAUUCAAUUGUUAUUGUAAAAUUAAUAAUAAAAAGGGUUAUUUGAAAAGGAUCUGCCAAAGUCGUAAACCUUUGAUUGGCAGUGAUUUCAGGAUCCAUGUAUUUUUGUCCCCAGGUAACUAGUUUUCGUUCUCUUGGUGGUCCCUACAUAGUUACGCCCACAAAAAUAAAAUUCACAGGCAUGUCUAUAAUUACGAAUAAAAUGCUUCUGUUUCAGAAAAUGCGGAUCACAAAAGUCUGGUUGACUUGCAGUCAGAACUAAAGAUUUUAAUUCAUGUCGGUGAAAAUGAAAACAUAGUAAACAUACUAGGUGCUUGCACAAAAGGUUAGCAACAACUAUGGGUUUCUAAUACAUAUCGAGGGAGGCGUAGCCCUCUGAAAGGGGCCUGGGAAAUGACAUUUUUAAGAGAUUGCACGGGCUCUAUACAGCACCCAUUUCCCAGAGUGAACGUGUUCUCAUAUCUUGUCCUUUGCGCGGAAAUUUUUAACGCACAAAAAUGACUGGGGCCCAAAUAAAAAUUUUCAGGGGCCCCCAGCACCUCGGGGCCCGGGGCAAUUUGCCCCCCCCCCCCCCCUCGGUGGCCCUGGUUAACGCCAAUCUAGCUUUGAACAACCGGCCCCAGUAGAUUGCCAGUCUUGCUUAAAACUUUUAAUCCAUUGUCAACUUUUGUAUUCAAGUAUGAUAGUUUCCUUACUUUUACCUACAGGAAAGAGUUCAAGCUUGUGGAUAAUAAUGGAAUAUUGUCCAAAUGGAAAUCUUCGAGAAUUCUUACGAAACAGUCGGAAUUUUUACGACCUGAAUGAAGAGGUUUUGAUUCCUGAUCCUGACCAAGCCAUUGGACCAAAAACUUUGAUGUAUUUUGCUUGGCAAAUUACCAAAGGAAUGACGUUCUUGACUUCGCGAAAGGUAAUUCUCCUAAUGGACUUCUCCAAAUGACAUCCUAAUUAUUUUUACCGAAUAAGCAGAAUUUUAUUUGAAAUGCACGGUUGCAAUCGAACCCGUGACCUCUGCAUUAUCCCAUUUCAGGAGAUAAUAUUGACAUUGCAUGGUCAGGUCUUAAUAAUUAUAUAGACAAUUACUGGGUAUAAGUUUUUCUGAAAUUUAAUUGGCCCUCUACCAGCAGGAUAUUACAAUGCUCAUUUCCUGCCAGUACAAAAAAAAACUAGAUGGCGGUUCAAAAUUUCUGAACUCUGAACAAGAAAGCAGCACGUUAUUCGUUUCUAAUAGCAUUAAGAGAAAUGAAAACACAAUGAAAACACUCUCAGCAAUUGUUUACAGGUUAGAAAAUACAUUUUUAGUACUUAAACUAACUAAAAAAUGUACCCUAGAAUAAAAAAAUGUUCUGCAUUAAUUGUGGUUCAUAUCUCAUGACCUCUCUAUAUAGAUGACCUGCCUUUCUUAGAAUUUUAGGACUACAACAAUUUAGACUAGACAGUGUUCAGUGUUCACCGAGAGCUGAAAGGACCUGAUUUCACAUCUUAUUCCUGCUCCUUUUCUCACAGGUAAUUCAUCGAGAUUUGGCUGCAAGAAACAAAGGUUAUGUGGUAAAGAUUGGAGACUUUGGGCUGGCCAGAGAUGUUUAUAAAUAUCACAAAUACUUAAAGAAGUCUGCAGUAAGUGCGUUAAAAUCUUCCUAAUAAUUUAUACUUAUAGCUACAUCUUUCGGUUACAAUUCCAUUUCAGAACCAUCCUCAGAGAUAUAGUUUCAUGUUUUUCAUAUCUCGAGGAUGGUUCUGAAAUAUAAAAGUGAGCUAGCUUUAGUGAAUAUAAUUUUUAAUGAGGAUACCAACUUCACAAGUAGUGGUUUACAGAAGGGUCCUCAAUUAGUAUAUAACUAAUUUUUGGUAUAUAAAAAUUGGUAUAAGAAACGUUUAAAAUUAAUGCCAUAUGAUUGGAAAAGAUGCAGCAGCCUUCAAUUUUUAAAACAAGGCAAGGAUGUCCUGCAUAACGAAGGGAUUAUAAAUCACUGGAAAGAAUUUUGAAAAUCCAUAGAAGGUCAAAUGGAAAUUGUAUGGACCUUUAUUGGAAAUAGAAUGGAUUUUGGUUAUCCAUAAUAAUUGUAUAUUUCCAUGGUAUGGAUAUAGUAUGGAAAUAGUAUAUGGAUAUACUAUGGAUUUAGUGGUGCAAUUGCAAAUUUCGUAGUAUGGAUUUCACAUUUUUUCCCAGUAAAUAGUAUAUCGUAUUUCACUCCUAACUUGAUUAAUUGUUGGCAGACACUUUUUCAAGUUCGCGCAUAUUUUGGAUGCGCAGUAGAACCGUAACACUGCCCCUUUCAGUCCUCGCGAAAGUAUUUCAUGCACUUAAAUUGGAUAAAACUCGAUAUGGCAGCCUGUGUCACAGACCUGACAAUUAGAAAUAUCUGUUGUACUGUAUAAUAUUUCCUAUAUGUAUGUAUAUAAUAAGCCAUUUAAAAACAACACGUUAUAUCGAUCGUAAUUUCUGAAAUACUGCAUCUGCAUGAAAUUCAUCCAAACAUAUUUAAAAUGUCAUGUUCCAGCGAUUUCAAAUACAUAUAAAUGUUCAGUGUUUGGGUGAAUUUUAACAUUUUUAUGCCCACAUGUGCUGUGACCACGAAAAUGUAAAAUCCCGGUUUCGCCACGCGAUCAAAUCACCCUGUUGGGCGUUACAAAUCAUUCAAAAUCGGACAAUAUAAGACAAUAAAAAAGCUUUAAAAACUAAAACAAUGUAUAAACGAUAUUAUUUUAUUUGUAACAAUUUGUUAAUGUUUUUUACACGCCCAUUGUGGAAACCAGCUUUUGCUGACAAUAUUAGCGUGGUUAAAUGAAGUUUAUCAUCAUCAUAACAUACGAUAAAAUAUAUUCCAAAUUUUGAUAGUACGAACGAAUUUAUAAUGCCAAAUUUAAAUAAAUUUAAUCCCCAAAACUGAGGAUUUAAUUUGAGCAUGGAACAAGCUAUCGCGCUAAUUUUCAGAGACCUUACUAAUUGUAAGGUCUGUGAUACAAGCCCCCGGCGUACUUAAUCGAUGAAAACCGAUCAUCGGAAAUCGAUGGUAAUCAAUGUUAAUGACGUAAUUGAUACACAUGUAUUUGAUCUGUAUAGCUAGAUAAAUACUUAAUUUAAUCCAUUGUUACUGAAUUCCGUUCACACUUGAGUUUGUUACGACAUUAAAGUACGUAUUAAUUAAAUUAUGGCGUUACCUGUUUGAUUGGAUGCAUAUUAACAGAGGAUUUUUUCAUCAAUGAAAAUCGAUAAAAAAUCGAUGAUCACUAGAUGAAAGUCACAGCAAAACAAGCCAUCGAUUAUUCAUUGAUUUCCAAUAUCAAUCGAUUAAUAAAUAUCGAUUGGUAUUGAUUGAUAUCAAUACUCAUCGAUUAUCGAUUUCAUCAAUUAAGUACGCCGGGCACAGGCGUAGACAACUCGAUAGCGGAGGUAUAAAAACCCGAGUUCGAAUCCUGCUCAGGACAACGAAUUUUUGUUGUUCUCUGCAGUUUCAGAAUAAUUAUGAAACUAUAUAUAGUCUUUCCGUUACAUGCACAAUUUAACGCAUUUACAUACAAAGGUAUAAUGUUACUAAUGAUGCUUUUUGUUCACGUAAAACAGUAUGUAGAUUUAGCUUGCUUCUUUUGCAGGGAUUUGUUCCAUUAAAAUGGAUGUCGGUCGAGUCCAUCAGAGAUUUGGUAUUUACCGAGAAGUCAGACGUGUAAGUUAAGAUUGUUGUUCAGGACAAAAUUAUUGUUUUUAGUCAAUGGUUUUCUGUCCGAAAAGUGAACUUGCGUAAGGUUUAUAACAAGAAAAAUGACCAAAGUCAGCUAUAUAUAUUAUGUUGUUAAAUGUUGUCGUUAGAUAUUGAGUUUAUCAAUAAAAUUUGUAUACAGCAUUACAGCAACAAAAAAUCAGGCAUUUAGAUGUCCAAUGAUACUUUGCAUCACACUCUAAAACAUUCUGGUCAAAAUUUCCUAAAUUGAUAUUCCUAGUUUCGUUUCCUAGUAUUUUAUCUCACUUCCUAUAUCAAAGUUAUUUAUCCACCUGAUAUAGUCUGGUUAAUUUAAUAACUAGGAAGUCCUUGUCAAAUUAACUACAUGCAGGGUUAAAAUAAUAAGGAAAUUUGUCCAGGAAUAUUAAGGGUUAUGUCUAGGUUAACCAGAAAAAUUUUAACGCCCAAAGUGUUAGUUUUGCCGGAGUGAAUUACAAAGAAAAAUGACCAAAUACGAAUCGAAUUCUCAUUUUACUUGUAUUUAAGUUGAUCUCCUUAAUUCACGUGUAGGUGGGCAUUUGGCAUUUUACUUUGGGAACUCUUUACAUUGGGUGAGUACUUUUAACCAAUUACGUCAUGAAAUUAUAUGUUGUGACGUCACUUGCAAGGGCCGAAUACGAUUGCUUCCAGAGGAGAAGAUUCCGUCACCACUGUCUUCUAUUGCAAAUGGCAGAAAUAACAUUAGUCCAGCAGAUUUAUGUAAAUUUUCGUAAAAACUUGUGUUUCAAGGUAAAAGCGGUAAAUUUGGCACAAAUAUUCAUACAUAAACACAUUGUAAACAACAUUUGAUAUUGACCACAUCGAAAUCUUUCCGAUAUAUACAUGCACCCGAUAAAAAUUAAGUUUACUUUUACCAAAAAUGAUCCAUCCCAUUAUAGAAAGAAAGCAAAACAGUAACUAUGCGAAAUUUAAGUAAGUUGUGGAAGGUUUAAACUUUAUAAAAAAUACUGACUUUCCAUAUUUAUGCUCAAAUGUCCAUUCUUGAGCAUUUAUAAUACAAAAUAUAUAGUUUAAAAUGGCGCACCACUCACUUAAAUGUAUUGAAGUAAUAGUGAACUUGAAAAUUAAUUUGUUAGGAGUUUUACACUGGGUGCAUAUAACAAUAUUGGAUAUGGGCUCAAUCGAAAUUUUGUUAUAUGCACCCAGUGUAAAACUCCUAACAAAUUAAUUUUCAAGUUCACUAUUACUUCAAUACAUUUAAGUGAGUGGUGCGAUUUUAAACUAUAUUUUGUAUUAUAAAUUGUGAUUAUAUUAUGAGAAAAGGUAAUCGAACUUCGGUAAUCGCGCUAUUGUACGUGCAUGAACUACUCGGCGCAUGUUUUUUAUAUUCAGAAAGAUCAGGCUUUUAGCUAUAUUGAAUGACAUGUUUUUCAUGCCAAUUGGCAUGAAAAUAAGCAAGUAUACGAGUCCGAUAAAAAAAUAAGCAUAUACAAAUAAGCAAGUAUACGAGUCCGAUAAAAAAAUGUUAGUCAGAAUCGUAUAUUUUCACCUCUGUGCUUAAAUAAACCAGUGUAUAACAAACGAAAAAGCAAUUAAUCACGAACGUGUCGUAGCUUAGCUAAUAUUUAUUCCUACUUAUAACAAUAAUUAUGAAUAUGUGCGUACAGUUUUCAUCAACUUAAGUACCGAAGGGGGUUAAUUUUCAAUGGUUUUAGACUCGACUCUCAACGGUGAAAAUAUGCGAUUCUGACUAACAUUUUUUAUCCGACUCGUACUUGCUUAUUUUUUUUCAAUUGGCAUGAAGAACAUAUCAUUCAACAGCUAAAAGCCUGAUCUUUCCGAAGAACAAAUCUCGUUCAUACGCAGAGUAAUUCAGAUACAAUUGCGCGAUGAAGUUCGAUUACCUUUUUUUAUACACAUAUACCCCUGUAUAUAUAUGUGUCUAUAUCUGUACUAAAUUUUAUGCUUUUAACUUAAAACGCAUGGACUGUUUCAUAUGAAUCUGCAGGACUACUUAACAUGUUUUUCCAGGUGGAACACCAUACCCAGGAAUAGAUGCAAAUGAUCUAUAUGACUUUCUGUUGACUGGAAGACGACUGGAACCGCCUAAUUAUUGCCCUCAGGAAAUGUAAGUAAUUUCGUAUCUUUUUUAAUAAAACAAGAUUAAUUCAAAAUGAGAUAACCUGACGAAGUUCCAAAGAGUAAACCAUUUUGUAGUUGGUUUUUUUUUGCUUCGUUUAUGAGAUAUUUUAGUUGAGUUGAUCUGCGUGUUAUUAUCGAUGUUAGUCAACGGUUGAUUAUGUGCAUAAAUAUCUGUUCCUUCAUCGUCACGUGUGUAUUGCAUUUUUGCCAAAUCCACCAAAAGCAAUUUCCAAUUUACCCUAUACAUUGUUCGAGUCACGGAUAGGUAAUUUUCCUAAAACAUUGCUUUUGGUUCGUUGGGCAAAAAUACAAUACGAACGUAACGGUAAAGUGUUAUAUUGCUAUUCUAUAAUGAGUUUCCAAACCAUCUAUUCCAUUAACUAUGUCAAUGGAUAUUUCGCAGAGGUCACAAAUUUCGCUUGACACCGGCAGUAAAAUGAUUUCUUUAUUGUAUUGUAUUUUAGACUAUUGUUGUUACACUUCAAUAAAUUUUAAUUUUGUCUACAGUGCCGAUGUAAUGUCAAAGUGUUGGGAGGAAGAUCCGGAUGAUCGGCCAAAUUUUCACCGUUUGAAAGAAAUGCUGUAUAACGAAGCACUUUGCUGUGAAACAACGAGUCAGGUAUAAAAUCAAUAAUGAACUGCAUUAAAAAUGUUAACAAAUUUCACUCUGCUUUGAUUUGAAUUUUGAAUUUUAAUAACACAAUAUAAUUUUUUUACAAGUUUUAUCUCAAAAACACUCUGAUUAAAAUUUCUGGUUGACCUAGAAAUUACUCUAUUUGGGUUAACUUGAUAUUCUUGGGUAAAUUUCCUGGUUAUUUUUUCUCGCUUCUUACCAUAGUAAACCAGGAAUCUAGUUAUAUUUGACCAGCCAGGGCGUCCUUGUUAAAAUAACCAGAUCAUGUGAUUAUGUUAGGUGGAUAAAUAACCAGUGUCCCCUAUAACAACAUAUAUAUAUAGUCUGGUUAUAAUAGAGACAGGACGUCCUGGUCAGAAUAACUAAACUAUAAAAGAAAAAGGUUGCAAUAACCAUGAGGAAAUUUAACGAGGAAUAGUAAGCAGGAAAAUUUUAACCACAAUUUAAUCUUCGAGUGUAUUAAUGUGUUAAUUCAAUUAUAAUUUUCAUUUUACUAUAGACAUCCACAGAAAACGAGCAAAGUUUAAAUACAUCUACACCUGUUUUUAUCUAA